AUGGAGAACUCAUCCAGUCAUUUUGUUUUUCUGCUUCAUGGAUUAAAUGAGACUAGAACAAAGAGACAGAUCUUUUUUGCCAUUUCCUUUCUUGUCUACAUUUUCACCAUAUUUGUAAAUUUAACUUUAAUUUUGACCAUAUUACUGGAGAAGAUUCUUCAUGAGCCCAUGUUCAUCUUCCUGUGUAAUCUGUGUGUGAACGGGAUUUGUGGCUCCACAAGUUUCUAUCCAAAGCUACUGAUUGACCUUCUGUCAGAUUCUCAUGUGAUCUCAUACACUGCAUGUAUAAUUCAAAUAUGUGGAAUCAGCAUAUAUCUUGCCUGCGAAAUAACUAAUUUGACAGUAAUGGCUUAUGACAGGUAUGUUGCGAUAUGCAAACCAUUGGAGUAUCACUCCAUUAUGACGCCUCGGAGGGUGGGAAUGUUGGUGCAGAUUAUGUGGUUCUUAACUUUCUUUGAGAUAAUUGUCUGGCUUGUGUUGGCAGUCAGGCUGCCCAUGUGUGGAUCCAGAAUUGAGAAGCUUUAUUGUUUUACCUGGGAUGUGCUAAAGCUGUCCUGUGUAGAUACCACCUUAAACAACUUAUAUGGCAACUGUUGCUUCUUUUUUCAUUCAUUUCAACUCCUGCUAAUUAUAAUCUCCUAUGUCCGAAUCACCAGGAUAUGUUUAACGUCUCAGACAGAACAUUAUAAGUUCAUGGAGACCUGCCUGCCCCAUCUCAUCACAAUGAGUACUUUUUCCAUUUCUAUAACUUUUGAUGUUGUAUCAGCACGUUUCAGCUCAGACACCUCCCUGCAGGCUCUCAGAAACAGCUUUUCUAUAAUGUACCUCAUUGUUCCUCCUAUCAUGAACCCUCUCAUUUAUGGUCUGAAACUGAAGCAGCUUCCACGUUUCAGCUCAGACUCCUCCCUGCAGGCUCUCAGAAACAGCCUUUCUAUAAUGUACCUCAUUGUUCCUCCUAUCCUGAACCCUCUUGUUUAUGGUCUGAAACUGAAGCAACUUCGUAGGAUUGUGUGGAGAAGGUUCAACAGCAAAAUUACUGCACUGAAAUAA